AUGCACACUCAUAAGGAUCAAAUGAAAAUGCUCAAAACAAACUCGCUUGCAGCGUUCAUCAAGGAUGACAUGAAUUUCUCUUGGGAAGAUGAUCUCUUCGACCGCGAUGAGGAAGAGUCAGUCGCCAUGCGCAAAACGAGAAUUAGAUUUUCUGACUACAAUGCCAUCCAAGAAAUCCCUUGUAUCAGCGACAUGGAGGCCAGCGAGAUUGCUGACGUCUGGUACAGCCAUCAAUUCUUUGCUACCAUGGAGGCAGAAUGUAGAGAGCUGUCCAGGUCGGCCAAGUCUGGCAGAAUCGAGGUAUCUAACGACAUUUGCUUGCGCGGCUUGGAAGAGAAACUUCAUGAAAGCCAAAAGAAAAUCAACCGACGUGAAUCCAUUGGUGCCAUUGUAGACGAGCAAGGUGCUCAAUUUGGCUAUGGAGAAGAAAGCGCUGAGAUAAUUGCACAAGUUUACCAUGCGUUUGCAGCACACUGCAAUGACGAGGCAGUUGAGAUGGCACGUCAAGAUGAAACAAUAGCUUUUGAGAUCUAUAGGAUUUCCUCAAGUUGA